GGUUUGAUGCAUUCCAGUGGGCCUGUUGGCCGCCACCGCCAGCUGAUACUGGUUCUGGAGGGAGAACUGUAUCUCAUUCCUUUUGCUCUCCUGAAGGGCAGUUCCUCCAAUGAGUACCUCUAUGAGCGCUUCAGCCUCAUUGCGGUGCCGUCCAUCCAGUCGCUGAACCCCAGCUCCAAGUCCCAUGCAAGGAAGAAUACUCCUGCUUACUCCAAUUCUACCUCAAUGGCAGCUGUCAUAGGAAAUCCCAAGCUCCCGUCAGCAGUUAUGGACAGGUGGCUCUGGGGACCUAUGCCCUCUGCAGAAGAGGAAGCAUAUAUGGUAUCUGAAUUACUUGGCUGCCAGCCGUUAGUUGGCAGUGCAGCAACAAAAGAGAGGGUCAUGAGUGCCCUCACUCAGGCAGAAUGUGUCCAUUUUGCAACCCAUGUCUCCUGGAAACUGGCUGCUUUGGUCCUGACACCCAGCACUGACAGCAAUCCAGCCAGCAGCAAGAGUUCUUUUGGGAACCCCUACACAAUCCCAGAAUCCCUUCGGAUGCAGGAUGAUGCCAGUGAUGUAGAGAGCAUCUCAGACUGUCCUCCUCUUCAGGAGUUUCUGCUUACAGCAGCUGAUGUCCUGGAUCUGCGGCUUCCUGUCAAAUUAGUAGUUCUUGGCUCUUACCAAGAAUCCAACAGCAAAGUCACUGCUGAUGGGGUCAUUGGCUUGACAAGAGCAUUCCUGGCUGCUGGGGCUCAGAGCGUCCUGGUGUCACUCUGGCCCGUUCCUGUGGCUGCUUCCAAAAUGUUUGUGCAUGCCUUCUAUUCCUCCCUCUUGAAUGGGAUGAAAGCCAGCGCAGCCCUUGGAGAGGCGAUGAAAACUGUGCAGAGCAGCAAGCAGUUCUCCCAUCCGUCCAACUGGGCAGGCUUCAUGCUUAUUGGGAGUGACACGAAGCUGAACAGCCCUUCUUCCCUGGUAGGACAGGCCCUGACGGAGAUUCUGCAGCACCCUGAAAGGGCACGAGAUGCUCUGCGCGUCCUGCUACACCUGGUGGAGAAAUCACUGCAGCGAAUCCAGAAUGGGCAGCACAACUCCAUGUAUACCUCCCAGCAAAGCGUGGAGAAUAAAGUUGGUGGCAUUCCAGGCUGGCAGGCACUACUCACUGCGGUAGGAUUUCGGUUGGACCCUCCAGCCAGUGGCCUCCCGGCAGCAGUGUUCUUCCCAACCUCUGACCCCGGUGACCGGCUACAGCAGUGCAGUACCACCAUACAGUCCCUCCUAGGUUUGCCUAACCCUGCACUUCAGGCACUUUGUAAACUUAUCACAGCUUCAGAAACAGGAGAGCAGCUUAUCAGCCGGGCUGUUAAAAAUAUGGUGGGAAUGCUGCACCAGGUCCUGGUUCAACUUCAGGCAGGUGAGAAGGAGCAAGAUUUCUCCUCUGCACCAAUCCAGGUUUCUAUCAGUGUCCAGCUCUGGAGGCUGCCUGGCUGUCAUGAGUUUCUCGCAGCUCUAGGUUUUGACCUUUGUGAAGUUGGCCAAGAGGAGGUGAUUCUGAAAACUGGGAAGCAAGCUAAUAGGAGGACCAUGCACUUUGCUCUACAAGCCUUGCUGGCACUUUUUGAUUCUACAGAGCUGCCUAAGCGCCUUAGCCUGGACAGUUCCUCAUCACUAGAGUCACUGGCUUCUGCUCAGUCUGUUUCCAACCCUGUACCUCAGUACCAGAACCCUCCCUUCUCUCCUACGUGUCCAGACAGCAUUGCAUCAGAUGCCAUUUCUGUGUAUAGCUUGAGCUCCAUUGCCUCUUCCAUGAGUUUUGUUUCCAAGCCAGAAAGCAUGCCAGAUGGUGCAGGACACAGAGGACGGCAGGACUAUGAGAGGCCCAAGAACAUCUAUCCGCACAGGUCUGCAGUGCAGAGCCAGCUGUCACCACAGACCAGCACUGUAGCCAGCAAAGAUGAGGAAGAGUAUGAAGGGUUUUCUAUAAUCAGCAACGAGCCUUUGGCCAGUUACCAAGAAAACAAACCAAGGUUUUCCCCUGAUCACAAACAGCCCAAAACUGGUCAGACUGGAGGCAUUAAAGAGCCUGUCAACUCCAAAGCGAGCGUAAGUACCCCAAAUUCUCCUGUUAAAAUGACUCUUAUUCCCAGUCCAAAUUCACCUUUCCAAAAAGUUGGGAAACUUGCAAGUUCUGAUACUGGGGAAUCUGACCAGUCUAGCACGGAGACUGACAGCACUGUCAAAUCCCAGGAGGACAGUAAUCCAAAGCUUGAUCCACAAGAGUUGGCCCAAAAGAUUCUGGAGGAAACUCAGAGUCACCUCAUUGCUGUUGAACGUCUUCAGAGAAGCAGCAGCCAGAUAAGCAAGAGCAACAAUUCAGAUGAUGGGGCUUCCGCCCCCGCGGGCGUGUCUGCGUUCAGAUCUUCAGAGACCAGUGCGUUCAGUCGGCCUAUCAGCUCUAGUCAGAAGAAUCAGUCCUCACCUCUUGCAAUUAAACCAAAGCCUCCUACACGGAGCUCAUCCCUUCAGAAAGUGAGUUCUGGCUACAACAGCCCUACGACAUCGGAGAUGUCAAACAAAGAAGGCAUGGGCCAGCACAGCAGGCAGCCAUCUCCAGGUUGUGGCUCUCAUGAGUCCUUAACUGAGCAGCCUCACUUCAAACUGAAGUACCCCAGCUCUCCCUACAGCGCUCAUAUUUCUAAAUCACCCAGAAAUAUCUCUCCGAGCUCAGGGCAUCAGUCUCCUGGUGGCAGCACUCCAUCUCCUGCUCUUUCUUAUUCCUCGGCUGGUUCUGCUCGCUCAAGUCCAGCUGAUGCCCCUGACAUAGACAAAUUAAAAAUGGCAGCCAUCGAUGAAAAAGUGCAGGCAAUUCACAACUUAAAGAUGUUCUGGCAGAGCACUCCCCAUCACUCCACAGGCCCAAUAAAGAUUCUGCGAGAUGCUCCUGGAACAAUGACUUCUAAGAAGGAUGUCCUCAGCUUGCUCAAUUUAUCUCCACGACACAGCAAGGAGGAAAGCGCAGAUAAGCUGGAACUGAAGGACCUGUCUAUUGAGCGACACCUUGCUUCUCCACAAAAGAACCCUCCCAAUGGACACAGGCGCUCUGAAACUGCAAAUACAGUGACGUCAACUCAUUCUCCACCUUCCGGCAGCACUCCAGGAACCGCACGACCCUUGAGGCUGCCAUCUGGGAACGGUUAUAAAUUUUUGUCACCAGGAAGAUUUUUUCCAUCCUCCAAAUGUUGA